CAAACAUGUUUCUACUAGAAUUGAACUCUUGUCAUGGAAAGAAGCAUGUUUCGACAACUCCCAUGAGAGCCAAUAUUACUAGUGACAAAAGUUUUCAUUUUCAUGUGAUAAGAUCAAUGUUGUGUUUGACGUUGUUUCUUUAACUUUUGUGUUGUGGGAAAAGUUGCCGCUAAGAAAACCAGAGCAGAAACCAGAAUCAUUCACUACCCACUUUCAAACCCACACCACAAAACAACAAAUCAUCACCACAAGCAAACCCCUUCACGAUUUUCUGGAGCGUUACCUUGCUCUUACACGUUGUGGGCAUUCACUCACUCAGCCAUGCAUGACACGUGGUCUGAACAAGCGUUACUCACUGACCCAUUUGAGUAUUUAUCAUGUUUGGAUCAUUGCUGGGUUCAAGUUGCAAUCUUUGAUACCCUGGGGUUGUGUGUUCUGGUGUUUGAGACGGUAACAUGGAUGAGUUUGAACAUGGGUUUAGCUUGCCAGCUGACUGGUACAAUGAUCCUCAAGCCAAGUGUUACAAGAACAUGAUCACGGGGGACACAUUCUGCUAUUCCGAGGAGCUGUUUUGCUUUGCAGACCCUCUUCCAACUCUUAUUCUGUUGAAAGAUGUUGAAACCACUCAUAUGGAAAUGGGGGAUAAAUCAUCUGAAACAGAGGAACCAGCAACGGAAACUGCUCCCGAAAGAGUUGAAACCAUUAAUAUGGAAAUGGGGGAUAAAUCAUCUGAAACUGAGGAACCAGCAUUGGAAACUCCAGCAAUGGAAACUGCUCCCAAAAGAAAAGAUCUUCCGUUGCGUUUGUAUUUUGGGAAUGGUCCUAGAAUCCAUAGCAGGAUGUGUAUUGAGUAUGGUGUGGUUAACAAACGUUGCGAAGAUUGUGGUCAAGUUGGUAAACUGGCUUGCUUUUCAUCUUCCUUCCGAAAAUGGGCCUUAAAGAGAGUAACUGAAGAAGAGUUCAACCAAAUAUGCAGCCGCUGUCACCUGCGCGGACACACAUAUUUGAACUGUGAUAUUCCUGCUACAUACAGAGUGGAUGGAGUACCUGUUCCUCAAGAGAAGAAGACACAGUAAUGUGGAUAUCGUGGUGAAGAAGGACAUAACCGACAAUCUUGUUUCAUAGCAGUUUGAAAUCUUGUCUGCUUUGCUUAUGAGAACAAUGUCUUCAUAUUUCUAUCAUUUGAACCUUUCUAGGCUUUUGGAUGAUUUAUGCUUGUCGUUCAACUUUUUGAGGUGUUUUUGCCUAGUGGUAAAUCAGAAUAUGCUAAUGAUGUUUCAUUGAAAUCUUAAUUUAUGGUAAGAA